CGCGCUGUCCGCGUUAUUUCCCGGUGGUGGCCGCCGCCGAGCGGAGAACCCAGCCCGCGUCCGGGGCCGAGGAGACCUGGGGAGGAGCCGCGGCCCGCGCCGGAGUGCACUGGCGACCCUGUUCCUCGGCUUGCUGCUGUGUCGGGGGAGUGGGUGCCGGCGCCGAGGGGGCCCCCUCCCGACCGCGACCCCCUUCCCCGGCUCCCCCGCCCACCCUGCCGGGGGAGGGUGGAGGAAGAUGCCGGUGAAGAAGAAGAGAAAAGCCUCCGGGGUGUCAGCCGCCGUGGCGGAGGACGGAGGCCUCAAGAAGUGUAAGAUCUCCAGCUAUUGCAGACCCCAACCCCCUGCUAGACUAAUAAGUGGAGAGGAAGUUUUUUCAAGAAAGAAGUGCCUGGCUUGGUUUUAUGAGUAUGCAGGUCCUGAUGAAGUUGUAGGGCCAGAAGGAAUGGAAAAAUUUUGUGAAGACAUUGGUGUUGAACCUGAAAAUAUUAUUAUGUUAGUUUUAGCGUGGAAAUUGGAGGCUGAAAGCAUGGGAUUUUUUACCAAGGAAGAAUGGUUAAAGGGAAUGACUUCAUUACAGUGUGACUGCACAGAAAAGUUACAGAACAAAUUUGACUUUUUGCGCUCACAGCUGAAUGAUAUUUCAUCGUUUAAGAAUAUAUACAGAUAUGCCUUUGAUUUUGCAAGGGAUAAAGAUCAGAGGAGCCUUGAUAUUGAUACUGCUAAGUCUAUGUUAGCCCUUCUGCUUGGGAGAACAUGGCCACUCUUUUCAGUAUUUUACCAGUACCUGGAGCAAUCAAAGUACCGUGUUAUGAACAAAGAUCAGUGGUAUAAUGUGUUAGAAUUUAGCAGAACAGUCCAUGCCGAUCUUAGUAACUAUGAUGAAGAUGGCGCUUGGCCUGUUCUUCUUGAUGAAUUUGUUGAGUGGCAAAAAGUUCGUCAGUCAUCAUAGCAAGAACUAUUUUGAAGAAAAUGCAAACUUUUUGGUUUCCACGUGUAUACAAGUUAAUAAGAUGAGAAAAAAAGGGGUGCAUUUUCAUUCAUGUGAAAGACUUCUCAUAGUACUUUUGUUUUCCUUUUUUUAAAGGAAGUUUUCUUGUUACAUGUGAUAGGCAUUGAGCCACACCUCUUCUGAGACUGAAUAUUGAUGUUUUGUUUCAAGUUAUGUUUUUAACAUUUAUUUCAGAACAAUAAAGGUUCCAAUUUGUGACAAAGGCCUUAAAG